UUCAUUGUAUUGUUUGUUAGAGCGACCCAGAGUUCACCCACAGCAAGUAGUCUGUUCUCUACGAUUUUUCAAUAAACAUUAAGUAUUUAUUUGAAUAAGAAGAAACGACUUUUGUUUUAAUGACGGAAUCGUAUAAUUAACAUUUCAUAAAGACAAAAUAAUUGUUUUAAAAUACGUUUUAUUAUCGAUACGGAAAUGUCUCCGUCGGAGUAAUAGGAACGGGAGGACGCUGGUCUGUGAACCAAGAUGAGUGGGACCAACGCGGCGUCUGGAGGGGCGCCCUGCCGCUUUGCUCACUACUUUGUGAUAUGCGGAAUAGACACAGAAACUGGCUUGGAACCUGACGAAUUAGCUGCUUUGUAUCGAUGGCUAGAGGCUGACCGCCAAGGCAGGGACCCCGAUGCCACAGCCACAGGGGAGAACUUUGAACAAAGUCCCCUGAAGAGGACAUUCAAGUCUAAAGUCCUGGCACACUACCCUGAGAACGUGGAGUGGAACCCCUUUGACCGGGAUGCUGUCAACAUGCUAUGCAUGCCCAAAGGUCUGUCAUUUAGGACACAGGCAGACGCCCGAGAGCCACAGUUCCACUCCUUCCUGAUCACACGGGAAGACGGCUCGCGCACCUACGGCUUCGUCCACACCUUUUACGAGGAGGUGACGUCCUCUCAGAUCUGCUCGGCCAUGCAGACCCUCUACCAGAUGCACCAGGCGGAGAACCCUUCCUCGGCCGCGCCCUCCUCCACUUCCUCCUCUUCUUCCAGUAUGGACUCUCUGGCUAGCAGCCUUGACGAAGCUGAUCCUGUGCCGUCCUCCUCAUGCCGAUCUGUGGCGUGCAGCGGCUACGAUGCAUCACGCGACACCCUCUACGUCUCCAAGGCGCUGUGUCUGAUCACGCCUAUGCCGUUCAUGCAUGCCUGCCGCCGUUUCCUGUCCCAGUUGCACCGGGCCAUCACAGCCCCCUCGCCCCCGCCCCUUCCCCUGGAGAGCUACAUCCACAACAUCCUGUAUGAGGUGCCCUUGCCUCCUCCAGGGCGCUCGCUUAAGUUCCAUGGGGUGUAUGAGCCCAUUGUGUGCCAGCGGCCUGGGCCAGGGGAGCUGCCUGUGGCCGACUUCCCCCUGGGCCAAACUUUCACUCUGCUGGGGGUUGAGAACCUGGUCCAGCUUUUCACCUGUACCCUAUUGGAGAUGCAGAUUCUUCUCUACUCACAGGACUACCAGCAGUUGAUGACUGUAGCAGAGGGCAUCACCACCCUGCUCUUCCCAUUCCAGUGGCAGCACGUCUACGUGCCCAUCCUGCCCGCAUCCCUGCUACACUUCCUGGAUGCCCCUGUGCCCUACCUGAUGGGCUUGCAGUCCAAGGAGGGCACUGACCGUUCCAAACUAGAGCUGCCUCAAGAGGCAAACCUGUGCUUUGUGGACAUCGACAACCACUGCAUCGAGCUACCUGAAGACUUCCCCCAAUUCCCCAACAAGCCUGAGUUCAUCCAGGAGCUUAAUGAAGUCCUCCUCCGCUUUGGCAUCUACCCGGUAGAAGGCACUCCUCUGACCUCCACACCUGCCUUCACCACCACCAACACUGGGUCCAUCUCUACCCGCAAACAUGGACUGAAGAGCCAGCAGGCCCUGCGGGAGUUGGAGGAUGAUGGGAGGAAUGGGAACCUAGAAGGAGAGCAGUUAGCCAUGUUGGAGCUCCUCCAAGGGAAUGCUACACUGGAAAAGCUCCAGGCUCUAACCAAGAGGACAGGGGUCCAUGUUGAGGCUCUGAGGGGGAUAGGGGGUGGGGGAGAAGGCCUUGGGGGAAGGACGGGGUUCGAGGAGGAGGAACUGAGGAACGCUAAGCUCAACGUACAGCUGAGGGAGGUGUUUGCUUGCAGGUUCACCACAAUGUUCGCCGACUAUGAGGCCUUCGUCAUCCAGAGUGCUCCAGACCUUGAGUCCUGGCUCACGAACCGGGAGCAGAUGCAUAACUUUGACAAGGCAUCCUUCCUGUCAGACCAGCCGGAGCCAUACCUGCCUUUCCUGUCCCACUUCAUUGAGACCCAGAUGUUCGCCACCUUCAUUGACAACAAGAUCAUGUCCCAGUGGGAGGAGAAGGAGCCACUGCUCCGCGUGUUCGACGGGCGCAUCGACAAGGCCCGUCUCUAUAACGUUCGGGCUCCGAAUUUGAGGUCCUCCAACUACCAGAAGUGCACCAUCCUAAAGGAGUCUGCCCAGGCCAUCGAACAGCGGCUCAUGAAGAUUGACCACACGGCCAUCCAUCCUCACCUGUUGGACAUGAAGAUUGGACAGGGCAAAUAUGUACAGGGCUUCUUCCCCAAGCUGCAGUCUGAUGUGCUUUCAGUUGGACCCACCAAUAGCAACAGGUGGUCCAAUCGUACAGCUACUGCUCAGCGCAGGAAAGACCGUCACAGACAGCGAACAGAACACCUUACACUGGAUAACGAUCUCAAAGAGCAGGCAGAGGGGUGUCUGGUCCUGCUGAACUCGAUGGCGUUUUGGGAGUGGGACAAGGCGUCUCCCCCGCCUCUCAAACCGCCCAAAAAAUCUGCCUCUGCGUGCUGCCUGAAGUACAUGCAGGAGGCUCGAAGUCUGGGGAAGAACCUCCGUCAACCCAAGCUGUCUGACCUCUCGCCAGCCGUCAUCGCUCAGACCAACUGGAAGUUUGUAGAAGGUCUGCUUAAGGAGUGUCGCAUGAAGACCAAACGUAUGCUGGUGGAGAAGAUGGGCAGGGAGGCAGUGGAGCUGGGCCACGGUGAGGCCAACAUCACAGGCCUAGAGGAGAACACGUUAAUCGCCUCCCUCUGUGACCUGCUGGAAAGGAUCUGGAGUCACGGCCUGCAGGUCAAACAGGGGAAGUCUGCUCUGUGGUCCCAUCUUAUGCACUACCAGGCCAGAGAAGAAAAACUUGAACAGCAGCAGGCAGAGUCAACAGUAUCGAACUGUCAGGAGAGACGGAAGUCAGAUUUGUCAAUAGGAAUGCCAAUACAGCGUCCAUCAGUCAUGCAGGAUAUUAGACAUAUCCAGAGUAUGGGGGAGAUCAAGACUGACGUGGGCAGAGCCAGAGCCUGGAUCCGUCUGUCCCUGGAGAAGAAGCUGCUCUCUCAACACCUUAAGAGGCUGCUGUCCCACACAGCCUUGACCAAGAAGUUGUACAAGCGCUACGCCUUCCUACGCUGUGAAGAUGAAAAGGAGCAGUUCCUGUUCCACCUGCUCUCCCUCAACACUGUUGACUACUUCUGCUUCACCAGCGUCUUCACCACCAUCAUGAUCCCAUACCACGCCGUCAUCAUCCCCAUCAAAAAGCUGAGCAAUGCCAUGACAACUUCCAACCCUUGGGUCUGUGUGUCGGGCGAGCUGGGCGACUCGGGCGUCAUGCAGAUCCCCAAGAACGUCCUGGAAAUGACCUUUGACUCUGCUUUCAGGCCCCACACGCACAUCUCCACCAUGUUCAAGUGUCACAACCUGGGUAAGCUGACUACAGUCCAGUUGGGUCAUGAUAACUCUGGUCUCCUUGCCAAAUGGCUGGUCGAUUGCGUCAUGGUCCGCAACGAGAUCACAGGACACACGUACAAGUUCCCGUGUGGGAGGUGGCUAGGUAAGGGGGUGGAUGACGGCAGCCUUGAGCGCGUUUUGAUCGGUGAGCUGGCGUUGCCCAGUGCAGAGGAGGAUUGUGGGAGAGGGUGUCGGACACCUGACAUGCAGCGCUCACCGGGUCAGACCAGACGUGUCAGCAUUACCUCUAUGGGAGGCCGCGGAUACAAGCCCACCUCAGGUCAAAUCCAGGACGCCAUUGGGGAAGCAGUGAACAACAUCUGCAAACACUUCCACAAGCCAGAAAAAGAGAGGGGCAGUCUGACCAUCCUACUGUGUGGCGAGGUUGGUCUGGUCUGGGCUCUCGAGCAGUUCUUCAACAAUGGCUUCAAAUCUGCCCGCCUCUUCCAAAAGACUGUCUUUGUCUGGGACUUUGUUGAAAAGGCUGUGGCAUAUAUGGAGUCAGCGGACCAGAUGGGGGACAUGCAAGAGACCACUGAGCCCCUGGGCCUGACUUGUGUAUCUCUGUGUCGCUAUGUCAGUGCCAUCAACUCCACGUCCAGGAACAUCGGCAAGGACGGCAAGUUCCAGCUGCUGGUCUGCCUUGGGGCCAGAGAUCAUCUGCUGCCUCAGUGGCUCCCCCUCUUGGUGGAGUGUCCAGUGAUCCAACGGAUGUAUGAGGAGUCUGCUCUGCUGCGGGACCGCACGACGGUCAAUGCUCUUAUCGCUGUCCUGCAGACACUAGACGACUUCCCUAUCACCCUGGAGGCCUCACUCAUUAAGGGCAUCGACCUUUAACCCCUACCGCACAACCUACUGGGAAACCAUCCAGCACAGGACUAUGUUACCCACAAUCCCAUUGCUCCUACUCCUUUUCCCUUUCGCUGUUGUCGCUGUCAAGGCCUGCUUCAGCGGAUUCACAUUGGGAUAAUUCACCAUAGAGGGUAAAGAAAGUCUGAGGACUUCAUAAAGACAACACCGUUCGCUACCAAAGCAACCGAUUCCACUGCAGAAGAGAAGAAGCUUGGGCAUUUGAUCAUUGAUGACUUUUGAUGCAGUAUUAACAUUACCUAGCUUGUGGUUUAAAAAAUAUAUAUUUUCUGACAUGUGUUACCGUUUUGUAAAGAACAAAAUGUGGUUCUCUCCCUAUGUGCUAGAUGUCUGUAGCCCACUGAAGCUAGCUCUUCAGAUUGACACUUUUAGCCUAUUUGAUGGAGACCCUGUCUUUGCCAGUAUUCUGUCUUGUUGGGUCUGCUGGAUCUUGCUACAUCUUCAACUUUGGUUAGCAUUAGCAAGCAUGCUUUUAGGUCAUGGUAGUUAAGGAAAAAUGAUUUUGAAACAGAAAAGGGACUGUUUUCCUUGUUGCCUCUCCGUAGUCUCUGGGAAUAGUCUCUGGGAGUGUGUGUGUGAAACUUCAACAUAAAAUGGGUUAGGAUGACACAAAUAGGCUAAUCAAGGAAAACUGGACU